AUGAAAAAUCCUAUCAACGAAACAUUACAAAUCGCGAAAUACAGUGUAAAAAGUGAGACGCUCGUAUCGUUUUUUUUGUUGUAACAAAAUGGCUCAUUUCGGUCUGCCGUUUUCACUAUGUGCUCUUCACAAAUUUCAGAUUCACCAAAUAAUUAACCGGAUUUAGUAUAAAUACCAGCGCAUUCUCAACCCCCGGGUUAUAACUCGUAAGCCCUGUCUUUCUUUUAUUUCUUUUUCAUGUAUUAUUAUUAUUAUUAUUAUUAUUGUACUUGUCGUCACGUUGUCCCACAACGUAUUGAAUAAAUAAAUAAAAUAAAUAAAUAAUGAAAGACGGCUUACAAUUUUUGUCAUCAUUAUUUUUCCAAAAAAAUUUUCGAUUUUUUUUCACUUUUUUUUAGUUUGGAAAAUGGAUUCAAGCACUCGUCGCAAUGACUUCAAGAUGUUUUGGGGCAAGUAUUCCCACGCGCCCAAUACCAACAUCACUAUCUUGAACAGUGUUUCUGAAGAUUUUGAAUCGAGCGAUCGGGAGUACAUUUUGGCAAGUUUGCCAGAUUUGAACAAAAAAGAUGUGGCCGACAUCAAUGCGGGAAUUGGUCAAUUCACUUCUGUGAUUGUUAACAGUGCUCGAUCAGUGAUCUCAACCGAUUUCAUCGAAUCAUUUAUCGAGAAAAAUCGAGAGAGAAAUUCUCAUUUCAAAAACAUUGAAUAUCAGAUUGGCGAUCCAGUUGAACUGAAAUUGGGAAAAGAAAGGUAUCAAAAAGUAGACUGUCUGCAGACUCAACAGAAAUGUCUUCCCUGUUGGCCCGCUCACCCAAUUAAAAAAUACUUUAAAAAUUGUCAUUUUUUUAAAUACCAUUUCCUACAUUAAGAGAAACGGUGGAAAACUAUCAACUUUUUUUCAGCAUGGAUUUCGUGUUCACCAACUGGCUGUUGAUGUAUCUUACCGAUGCGGAAGUUGUUGAAUUUGUUUCAAACGUAAUCCGUUGGUUGAAACCAAAUGGAUUUUUUCAUAUCUGGGAAAGCUGUUCCGAGAGUUCUUGUGAAAAAAUUCGAGAAAAAUCAAUGCACAAUGCUGCCGAAACAAAACCAACGCAUUACCGUUACUCGUCGUUGUAUAUCAAUGUGAGUUUAUGACUAAACGAAACGGUUUUGAGAAUCUGCCUAUUUCUGUGAAGAAGUUUCCUGGUGAAUUCGAUAUAAUUUGAUUAAGAUAUUUUGCAGUUGAUUCGCGCCAUUCGUUUCCGAGACGAGAAUAAUAAACUCUGGAGACUUGAUAUCAAAUGGAGUUGUUCAGUGCCAACUUAUAUUCAUAAAUCGAAUAAUUGGAAACAAGUACAUUGGUUGGCCGAAAAAGUUCCAGCUGAAAUCGAUGCCCAGCUAACCGAUAACAACAAACUCGUUGAAUUACUCAGCACCUGGAAUGAAGAGCAAAAAAUUUGGGAUGCGAAAUUAGAUGGAGAACAGUAUAUGUGGACCGACUCAAUUUUUUCGAGAGUUCUCGCGAAACUAAAAAUCGAGAAACAAUCUACAAUUUUGGUGUUCACUCCACGUGGAAUGUCUCCAUUUGUUCAUUUCAAUUCACAUAUGUUCACUCAAAAGUUUGAUUGUAAUAUCUGGAAUGUUGAAUUGGUUCCGGAAUUUUAUCACACAUCACUGACAAAAGCCACAACUAAAAAGGACCAAAGAGUUCGUUAUGGUUGGAACGAGAACUUGAAAUCAUCAAUUAACUAUUGGCAACAAAAACAAGCUAUUUUUGAUGAAAUGUUCUCAACCGAAUUGUUCUCAACUGCAAAUGAUUCAGAGUUGAAAGCACUUUCUGUAAGUUUAAUUAUCUUUUUCAAAAUUAUUCGAAAAUAACUUUAUCAUUUUUAGUCAAUUUUGAAGCCUGGAGCGAGAUUGAUCAGUUUGGAGCCAGUUGCUUCAUCUGUCAACCAGAACUGGAUUCCGCAGAGACUUGCUCUUUGUGGAUUUGAAAUCUUGAGAAUUGAAGAUGUGACCAAGGAAGCUAUGAUUGAGCAAGUAAAGUAUUUGGAAGCCCGUGAUCUUCCGACUGAAACUGAAUUAAUCCGCUCAAAUUGGGUUCUCGUCCAGGCCAAAUUGGAAUAA